AUGGACAAGGAGACGACGCAACGGCUGGAGGAGUUCCAUAAAGCCGCCGCAGCGGUGGCGGAUGAUGUUGUAUACAGCAUAUUCCCAAAUAAGAUAUUAGAACUGCAGCAGCUCAUUGAUGCUAGCUCUGACCCUUCGUCACCCUUCAAUAUCUCACAUGCUACGUCAGCCACAGAUGUCACCGUCUACCCUCCGCCGGGUCGGGCCCCCUCAGAAGAACCGGACUCAAAGAAGCGCAAGCGCAGCGCUGAUGACGGUGUGAACGGCACGUCUGCUGCGGGGCUCACGUCUUCCAACGAUGCCCACCAUGCUAGAUUCCCAAACCUUAUUCUAGCGAACAAGCACCUCACCACUGUGCAUGCGGCCGUCAAGAAGGAAUGCGAGCAAUUAGCAGAGCUCUGUGACAAGGUCAAACUCUGGGUAAACCUGUCAAUGCCCAAGAUAGAAGAAAAACAUCAUGAGUUCUCCAAUAUAGGGGUGCAAAUACAGGAAGAGGUUCUGACCGAACUCCACCGCUCUCAGGAGAGCGCAUACAAUCUCCGAGAUGCAGGAAGACAGGACCACCUGAAUCGCGCAAAAAUCUGCUCUAAAAUCGUUAAGUACCCUCACAUCGAAGAUUACACCUUGGCGCUGAAAGAGCACGACGAGAAGCAACUCUAUGUCGCGCGCCAGAAUCUUUACGAUCUCAGGAAUGUAUAUGCCAUUUUGACCGACAUUCUUCACAAGAACAUGACGAAGAUUCGCUCGCCAAAGGGGAACAACCAUUCGGGUCUUUACUAA